AUGAAAUCCACAAACGUUAUCCUCCACGCCAUCAUCCUUCUCGGAAUAGCUCCUCUCAUCGCGCCAAUCCCACUAAAGCUGUGGAUGGACCAACCCAAAGAGAACUUGUGGGUAACACUGGCCAAGGCAACGGGCACAGACACCCUGUGUCUGUCCUUGACCAGUGCAGCCAGUCCAUUCAGGACAUGCCUGGUGGGAGUCCCCAUAACACCGGGGGAAUGGGACGCGUUCGUCUCCCAGACACGAUUCCGCGGGGCGAUGCCACUCAACUCCCCUAAUCUCGCCCAAGCGAUUGCGGUGCAGGUCCUAAAUCAUGAAGAUAGAGGAUGGUUAACAGGACGAACCUGGGGAGUCAGAUUGGAUAGACUCUAUGCAGACCCAGGAGAGUAUAUAACUAUAAAGAAACAGCCACUAACUGUCUAUUCUCAGCCUCUAGGACCCAAUUUAGAAAUGAAAGCAUUCCGGGACAACAUGAGAGACAAAGAGAAAGAGAAAGCACAGGUAAUCUCUGCUGGUUCAAUGCCACAACAACCCAAAGCCACACAAGUUCCUUUUGCUAAAGUAAGUGAGAAAGAAAAAGUUAUACCAGGAGGAACUGAAACUCUACUAAAUAUGGUAGAGGUUUCCUAUCGAGCCAUAAACUACACUGACCCAGAAAUGACCGAGUCUUGUUGGCUGUGCUAUGACGUGAGACCUCCCUUUUAUGAAGGAAUAGGACUGAAUCAAACCUUCAGUCUAAGCACUGAAGAUGACCCGAGCCAAUGCAGAUGGGGAGAGAGAAACAUAGGUCUCACGAUGUCACAGGUCAGUGGGCAAGGGAUGUGCAUUGGGCAUGUUCCUUCAGACAGCACUGAAUUAUGUAGCACUGAGAUAAAGGAAUUAAAGAAAGGGGAAAACAAAUGGGCUAUACCUUAUCAGGGUGGAUGGUGGAUAUGUUCGAAAUCUGGUCUAGUUCCGUGUGUGUCUCUACUCGUGUUUGAAAAGAAUAAUGAAUUUUGUAUUCAGAUAACUGUUUUACCCCAUAUGUUGUACCGGUCCGAAGAAUCAGUAUUAGAAUCGUGGGAAAUGAGUAAGCAUAAGAUACAGAAAAGAGAACCAAUAAGUGUAACCAUAGCAAUGAUUCUGGGAUUGGGAGCCACGGGUACUGGGAUUGCCUCUUUAGUCCAGCAUAGCCAUGGACUGACUGCCUUAAGGGCAGCAGUGGACGAAGAUCUAGAUAGAAUAGAAAAAUCUAUUUCCUAUCUGGAAACGUCUCUAAAUUCCUUAUCCGAGGUAGUUUUACAGAACAGACGAGGGCUGGACUUACUUUUCCUACAACAGGGAGGCUUGUGCGUGGCCUUAGGAGAAGAAUGCUGUUUUUAUGCCAGUCAUUCAGGGGUUAUCAAGGAGUCUAUGACCAAACUGCGGGAGGGAAUAAUACAAAGAAAAAGGGAGAGAGAUACCUCCUAUAAUUGGCUGGAUAAUUGGCAUAAUCAGUUCCCUUGGCUAACAACAUUGAUUUCAACCCUAGCAGGACCUGUGUUAAUGCUGUGUGCGACGCUGAUUUUUGGACCUUGUAUUUUAAACAGAGUUAUGAAUUUUAUCAAAGACAGAGUUGAAACUGUGCAGUUACUGACAGUAAAGCAACAAUACGAGGACAUGAGUGGGGGAUCUCUUGAGGAAGAUCACGCCUCUCUAUUAGAAAUAGCUAAAGAGGCUGUAAUUGAAUUCGAUCAGCAAAUUUACGAGGAAAUUAGGAGGGGGGAUUGUGAUAAGUAA